AUGACGAGUGCGGGCGAGCGACAACACUACGCCAUUGCAUUGCUGAAUCGACUGUUCCAGCAUCUCCCGGAGUCAUUUCUCGCUGGAGUCUUGUACGAUAUUGGGUGCCAACUGCAUCGUAGCGUUCACAAAUGGGAUCUUUUGACAGGAUACCGUGAACGGAUACUGUUCGGCAUAUCCGUCUUCCACGCAUAUGGACACGAGUGGCCUUGCCAACUCACCUAUCAUCCCAGGAAAUGUGAAGGGUUUGGCUUAUCGGAUGGCGAAGGUUGCGAACGGUUUUGGAGUUGCAUAGACCAUCUCUUCUAUCAGCGGAUGUAUGUGCUCGACGCACAAGUUCAGCACGCGAGCCGCAUUCAACGUCGGAAUCUGGGGAACUGGCUUGCCAAGAAGUACUAUGCGUGCCGAGUGCGAAUGUCGGAUGCGAAGCACGGAUUAGAGGAAUGUGCUAUCGCGCUGGAGAUAUUGCGCAAUGAGUUCGCAUCACAGACGAAAGCCCAGACAAGACCUCUUCAACGACAAUCAAAGGACGCUGGAAAACGAGCCAUCGAUGCUAUCCUGCUUCUGCAGAACCGCUUCGUCGCGCUCGAGGAGAGCAUCGCCAAACUGGAGAAAGCAAUCCUGAAGGGCAACUGCGAUGCAGAUUCAAUGGCUCGGCGCAACGAACUGCUGGACGAACGUGAUAUGACGAAAGAGAAGAAAGAUGCCCUGGAACGUCGGCUCGAUUUGCGGACACGGCAAGAUCUGAGUUCCCUACGGGCAAGCAAAUAUCUGACCCAUCGGAUGAACGCGCUGGCCUUGAAGAAUCGAAUCAGAGACCGGUUGCGGCAACGGAAAUUCGAAUUCACUGGCAUGGAGCGAUCGUACCGGACGCAGUCAUCCGGUGAGUCUAAGAUUUUCCGUACUAGAUGGACGUCUAGAAGCUUGACGUUCGAUGAGAUUUGA